AUGAUUAAAACAUUGUGCAGCUGUCUCAUUGCCCUCGUAUUGUGUCUUGCAUUUGCCAACUGUCAAUACAGCAAUAAUUAUGGAAACAAUUAUGGUUCUUAUGGUGGUGCUGGUCAAAACUAUGGAGUAACAGGUGGUAGUUACAAUCAAUAUGCUCAAAAUACUCAAGCUUAUUCCAAUCAAAUCAGUGCAGUCAACUAUUCACCAUAUUCAAGUUAUGGAUCUUAUUACACUGGUCCAUCUAGUUAUGGCACCAAUUACGGAAGUGCUUAUUCAGCUCCAUAUUAUGGUGGUUAUGGCUAUGGUGUUCCAUAUUAUGGAGGAUAUGGUUAUGGUGUUCCAUACUAUGGUGGAUAUGGCGGUUAUAGAUAUUGUUAA